UUGUAACCGAAACUUAACAAGAAGGAAAAUUUGUGUCAUUUAUGAAACCUGGAGGCAGAUUUUUGCAAUGUAGAGAAAUAUCAGGGGAGGUCAGGUGUAUCUUACCCCACAAACUACAUACAGGGAGGAGUAGUAGACGCGACGAUUACCCCCUUCGAUUCGAAAACCCUAGAGCUAGAAAGAAGGACUGAUGGUGAAGCGGGGGGAGAGGAUGCAGUCAUGCAGGACGCAGUCGCAGUUGACGGAGAUGGCGAUGGCGAGGGAGGGGGGAAAAGAUCUAGGCCAUCCAGCUCCGAUUUGCAGGAGAUUGAAGAGGAGGAGAUGGCGGCCGUAGAGGAGAUGAGGGAGAAGCAGAGGAGGGAGAAGAAGAUGAGGGAGAUUAGGGAGAGGAAGAUGUGGGAGCUGUGGGGGAUGAGCGAAAUAAACUUUUGGAAGAUGUAUCUUAUGUGGAAGAAGUUGGAGGAGGAGACGGGGGAGACGGAGUUAAGGGAGAUGAUUGAGACGGAGAUGAGGAAGACGGAGACGGAGACGGAGACGGAGACGGAGACGGAGACGAGGGAGAUGGAGACGUUGAGGGCGACGGAGAUGGAGAAAUGUCUCUGCCUUCUCGGGCGUGGGCCCGAAGGGAAGAAGGGGCCGGUGUUGUACUUGUUCAACUUGUUAGACUUGUUAGAUGAGAGAGAAAGUAAGAUCGGAGAUGACAAAGUGGAUGAGGAUGAGAACGGAAAGCGGCAGCGGCGGCCUGGAAUGCAGGUUAUUACUCCAGCGGAGUCGGUAAGACGACCGGAAUAUUAUAACACGUCUGUCGUCGUUGGCUCGGUUUUAUACGCCCUUGGUGGUAUGCUUGAAGAUCCUGAGAAUGAACAAGAUGACCCUGAAAACGAACAGGAAUGGGCAUUCCAUAACCAGGUAUUCCUUUUUGAUACCAAUCAUACCCAAGAGGGCUGGAUUAAGGGCCCCGAUAUGCUUAACGCCAGAUGUAGUUGUAAAGCCGUGGCUGUUGAAAGUAAGAUCUAUGUUUUUGGGGGAAAUAAUGAGAUGGUGGAAGAUAAAAAUUCUACCACCCGCCCAUGGGCUGAGUUUCUCGACCCUGAAAAAAACAAAUGGGAGCCUCUACCAGCACUCCCUGAUGAUAGUCUCAUGCACGAUUUAGUUUAUAACCCUGUCGUUUAUGGCUGUCUUGGGGAAGGAAAGAAGAUAAUCUUGAGUUGCUGCCGGUAUAUUUACCAUGUGGAUACCCAAACUUGGGAAGAAUUCCGCCCCCCAGAGCAGAUGCGCAACUUUACUAGCAAUUUGACCAGUGUUGGCAACAUCCUGUACUGGACAACUUUUGGACAUUUCUACUCCUUAGAUAUGAAGACCCGGGAUGUAGAUUCUGGACUUGUUCAGUAUUAUAACAUUUCAAAAUUCGAAGAACAAUUUCUUAAUGAACCAACUUUGCUUCAUUUGGAGGGUGACUUCUUCUGCUUUAUCACCCCCAAAGAUCUCCCCGAAGGUCGUACCAAAGUUUGCUGCACCAAGUUUCAAGUUUCGCGCCAAGGUUGGUUCAAGGCUUCCGUUGUAUGUUGCAAUACUUGCAUCAUUGAUUGUCCAGUAGACAUCAAUUGGCGCAAUGCCUUUGUCUUGAAUGGGAAGUUGGGGGCAGAGCAUUCGGAAGGAUCAUCUGCCUUUUAGGGAAGUUAGUGGAGUAAAUAUGCAAUGAUCGAUGCGUCUACUAGCUAUUAUCAUUGGCUGCGACAGACGUGAGUGAAGUUGUUAGUUCUGUAGUAGUGGUCGGACCUUUCAGCUGGAACACUUAUUAUCCUUGUUUUACUGUUGAUUCGUUUUGUCGGUAGUCGUGCAGUAAAUGCUUUAUGUGUGGGUAAUUGAAGUUGUGGAGAGUUAACUUAUUUCUUUUGUGUUUCUGUGUUCAUGUUGUAGUAGGUUUAUGUAUAGUGAACCAUUAUGUUUUGCAUAGUCUCUGGCCUGUUGAAAGAGAGUUCUUAUGGUGUGCAUACCACCAGUAGGUAACUUCAAGCUUAGGGAUUGGCUUGAAGAAACGUGUUGAUCUAUGCAGUAAAUCCUUCAGAU